UGAGAGUGUGCAGUUCUUCUGGAUUCAACACGACUCAAGCACAAUCAUCACUCCAAGCCAGGAACUUAUAAGCCAUCUUCUCACAGAAAGGACACCACAGCUUGAGCGAUGUGUGGAAUCUUUGCCUACCUGAAUUACCAAGUGCCUCGCACCAGAAAGGAGAUAUUUGAGACGCUGGUGAAGGGACUGCAGAGACUGGAGUACAGAGGGUACGAUUCAGCAGGUAUUGCUGUGGAUGGCCCUGACAAGACCAGCACGGACAUCACCAGCAACACCAUCUGCUUGAUCAAGAAGACGGGGAAGGUCAAGGCUCUGGAUGAGGAAUUAUACAAAAAAGACACACUGGACUUGGACGCAGAGCUGUUCACACAUUUUGGCAUCGCUCACACUCGUUGGGCCACGCACGGAGAACCCAGCGCUGUCAACAGCCACCCUCAUCGCUCCGACAAGGAAAAUGAGUUUGUUGUCAUCCACAAUGGCAUCAUCACCAACUACAAAGAGCUGAAGGCUUACCUGAUCAACAAAGGCUACGAGUUUGAGUCAGAGACGGACACAGAAGUGAUCCCCAAGCUGAUCAAGUAUGUGUAUGACAACCGCGAGAGCGACAACCUCUCCUUUUCCAAGCUGGUGGAGAGAGUCAUUCAGCAGCUGGAGGGGGCCUUUGCUCUGGUGUUUAAAAGCCGUCAUUUCCCUUCAGAGGCUGUGUGCACCAGGAGAGGAAGUCCUCUGCUCAUCGGGGUGCGAAGCGAGCAUGAGCUGCUGACUGAAAACAUCUCUAUCCAGUACAACAGUGGUCACUCGAAGGAGGGAGUCAUCGAGAAGAACAGCCAUAACCGACCUGACUGCUCAGACUCCAUCAACUCUGUGGGGGAUGGAAGGGCUGUGGAGUAUUACUUCGCCUCUGACGCCAGUGCCAUCAUUGAGCACACCAACAAGGUGCUGUACCUGGAGGAUAAUGACAUUGCAGCGGUUACAGGAGGGAAGCUGUCCAUCCACAGGAUGAGCCGGAAGGCCGGUGAGGAUCCUGUGAGGGCAAUCCAGACCCUGCAGAUGGAGAUGCAGCAGAUCAUGAAAGGAAACUUUGAUGCCUUCAUGCAGAAGGAGAUCUUCGAGCAGCCAGAGUCGGUCGUCAACACUAUGAGAGGCCGAAUUUGUUUUGAUUCCAACAAAGUGGUUCUCGGCGGGUUGAAGGAUCACCUGAAAGAAAUCAAACGCUGCAGGCGGCUUAUCAUGAUUGGCUGUGGCACGAGCUUUUAUGCUACAGUGGCUACAAGACAGAUCCUGGAGGAGCUGACAGAGUUGCCGGUGAUGGUGGAGCUGGCGAGUGACUUCCUGGACCGGAACACCCCUGUUUACAGAGACGACGUUUGCUUUUUCAUCAGCCAGUCAGGUGAGACAGCAGAUACCUUGAUGGCACUGCACUACUGCAAGAACCGGGGGGCUCUGACAGUUGGUAUAACCAACACAGUGGGCAGCUCCAUUUGCAGGGAAACAGACUGUGGAGUCCACAUUAAUGCAGGACCUGAGAUUGGAGUGGCAAGCACCAAGGCCUACACCAGUCAGAUUGUGUCUCUCAUCAUGUUUUGCCUGAUGAUGAGUGAGGACAGGCUCUCCCUACAGAACAGAAGAACUGAGAUCCUCAAUGGCCUCCGGGUGCUUCCUGAAAUGAUUAAGAAGGUGUUGACUCUGGAUGAGAAGAUCAAGACCAUUGCCAAUGAACUGUAUCAGCAAAGGUCCCUUCUGGUAAUGGGCCGAGGUUUCAACUAUGCCACCUGCCUGGAGGGGGCACUGAAAAUAAAGGAGAUCACAUACAUGCACUCAGAGGGCAUCCUGGCUGGGGAGCUGAAACAUGGUCCUCUGGCUCUCAUAGACAAAGACAUGCCAGUCAUCAUGGUCAUCAUGAAGGACUCCUGCUAUGUGAAGUGCCAGAAUGCUCUGCAGCAAGUCACUGCUAGAUCGGGUCGGCCCAUCAUCCUCUGUUGCCAGGACGACCAUGAGGUGAUUAAGAAUGCCUACAAAACAAUUGAACUGCCACAAACUGUGGACUGUCUGCAGGGAAUCCUCAGUAUCAUCCCUCUGCAGCUGCUGUCCUUCCACUUGGCCGUCUUGCGAGGAUAUGAUGUUGACUGUCCCAGGAACUUGGCCAAGUCAGUGACGGUGGAAUAAAAACAGUUCAUAGAACCCCAAAAAAGAGAGAGGAGGCUCAUAGGUUUACAGUGCAAUUUUACAUUUGAGAUUUUAAUGUGUGAGUCUGAGUGCGUGUGUGUGUGUGUUUUGCGUGUGUGUACAUACAUACGCUUGUGAGUGUGGGAUGAGGUGAAGCAGGGCCUGUGUUUGUGUGUGUGUGUGUGUGAAUGAAUGAGUGAAUGGUGGUAAAGAGGGUGGUAUAUGGUACAGUAGUAAAAAAAAAAAAAAGAAUAAGAAGAGAGAAAUGUGAAGUCUGACCAAUAUACUGCUGAGGACGUGCCAGUGCCACUCAGGCCUUGCGGAACAGUCUAUGAAAACAAUCACAAACAUCCAAAGAAACAUGCUAUGCCUUUUUUUUUUCCGAAUCUCGAGUUGAGCCAAAAAAAAAUAAAUGCAAAAGGUGUAUUGCAGUGUUUACAGAUGUGCAAUAUUGGGACCAAAUGUGCAUUAUGAAUGUACACAAUCAUGAAUGAGGUGAUUCAUUCUCUUCCUGUUUUAUGAAUAUCGUAUGUCUGUAUGGAGCAUCUUAAACAUUUGUUGCACAAGGGGAAAUGUAGUACUUUCUGUUUUAGAUCUAUAGUUAUCGUAAUCAUAUAUAUAUAUAUAUAUAUAUAUAUAUAUAUAUAUAUAUAUAUAUAUAUAUAUAUAUAUGUAUAUAUAUAAAUUUUAUAUGGUUGUUGGAUAUUUUUGCAGUCACUGUGCCGGGUGGGUUUCUAACCCACUAAUUUCAGUCGUCUUUUUUCUACUCCAACUUUUAUGCAUUCAUUCUUUAAAAAAAAAAAAUGUUUCUGCUUCAUUUAUUACAUUCCAUUUUAAUUUAAAACACAUUGAAUGUCUAUGCUGUUCAACAGAAUUGCAGUUUCCAAAGUCAGUUCAUGGUUGAACUGGAACCUUUUACCGUGAUUUUUACUACUUUUGUAUUGACAUUUCUAUGGGUUAAUCAUAAUGUUAAUCUGUAUUUAUCUGAUUUUAUUUUAUAGGGCCUAAAGAGAGGGUUUGAUUUAUAUCUAUAACUAUGAUUGUAUUUUAUACUGUAUGUUUUAUAGACGGACACUAUCAAUCAAUAAAAAAAAAAGACUAAGCAG